AUGCAGCUUUUAUAUAUUAUAUUCGUCGAGGCUUUACUCACGAAGCUGGGGAAAUGUAAUUCUGGUAAGCUGUCUAUUUAAAUUCGUAACAUGAGGUAUUAAAAAAUCCAAGGGGGAUAUCCUCUCUUGGUAUAUCAUAUAAUUGUGCAUGUAACUAAUGGAUCAGGACUCCUGCUUGAUACCGGUUAACUUUAAUAUUUUUACUCACCAAAAAACAUCCCACUUGCAUAUAUUUAUUGGAAUAGCUAGCUAUUGCAGGAUAAAUCUAAAAUUUCUUGUGGCCGUGCGGUUUUGGUUGUGGAACUUAUGGCCGGAGUCUCGAAGUCGAUCGCCGCAGGGCUUAAAAAGAAAUAUAAAUAACAUAAAUAACAUAAAAAAUAAACAAAAUAAAAACAAAAAACCCCAACGUCCUCAUUAGUUAUGUUUCGAUAAAAAUAACGGUAGGUAGGCGAAAUCCCUCGGUACAUUGGGUUGUUUCUAAAUUGUGUUUCUAUGCAGCGCCUCGCUCGUAGGGUUGUUUUUAUGUCUAAAGAAAUGGUUUCUGAAAGAUCAUUUGGCUUUGAGAUUCAUUCCCGUAACGCAUAUGGCUAGUCUUGCUAUUAAUUAUUGAUUAGAAGGUAAGAACUUAAAAAGUGUAAUAAAGUGUCAGCGUCUUUAUAGCAGUAGCUUGCGAGCGGGCUCACUAGUGCGACUUCGGGGAACGUUUUGGCGGUGGAGUCUCCAGCGCGUCAGAGGAAUGGGCCCAAUUCUCUCGCGCGCCGCCGCCAAAAAUUUUCCUUGAACUCGCACAAGUAAUCCUGCUCGCAAUUAAGGAAGGCCUAAAAAGAACCACUAAUUCAUGAUUUAUUCAACGUCUUUUAAAGAGUGUCACGAUCCUUCCAAAGUAUCAUUUUAUCACCGAGUAGACGAUCGCCAAGGAAUCGGUUCUGUUAUACGAGCAGUGCCAGUCUUCUCUGUUCUACAUUGUGCCGACAAGUGCUUACGACGAAAGCUCUGCAAACACUUUAAGUACUUUAAAACAGACAGUGGGAUGAUUUGUGAACUGCUUAAAGAUGUGGAGAGGCUCAGAAAUGCCACAGUUCUUCCGCUAAAAAUGUUCAAGAGGGCUCUUUUGAAAUUAUUCCAACCACUAGGCCCCGUUCUCUCCUAUUUCCCCGAUUCAUCGGGGCCGGGAAAUAAGAGAUCAGGCCCCAAACUUAACUCGCCGCGGGUCCUCCCCAUCCUUUAGCGAAUAAUUUCUUUCGCAAAUAUUUUUGUAAUUAUGUCACCUCUUUCAAGUAAUAUAAGAAAUCCUUCCUUGCUGGUAGAUAUCAGCUCCUGCUAAGGUUCGAAACCACAUGUUUCCUACUUUAACUAAUAGGCUGAUUUAGCUACAGAACGGGAACGUCAGUUGAUGACGGCGCGCGCAAAUUAAACAAGUAGCUUGACCAAGCUUGACCAAUGGCAGAGCGACAAAUUGGGCACCGGUAGUCGUGUUUAGUCCUUUCCGCACGCUUUCCCGUCGUCAACUGACGUUCCCAUCCUGUUGCUAAAUCAGCCUAAUAUAUAAGAGGACCUAACAAUCCUUGUCUGGCUAGACUCCCACACGACAUGCACAAAGAGUGUAUUUCGCAUGAGUCACCGAAUACUUCACUCCCAGUGCCACUCAAUAGAACUUGUUAUUCGCUUUCAUUCAACAGGAAUUUUUGUCACCAGACGGCUGCGACGACUUGAAAUCACCCGAGAACUUGUUAAAGAUCCCCGAGGCGAAUUGUUAG